AUGUUGCAUACAGACCUGCAGCCCCCAAGAUGUCGCACUUCAGGACCGAGACCAGAUCCGCUGCGGAUGGAGACACGGGCACGGGAGCGUCUGGCCGCCAGCAGCGGCCCGAACAGGGAACUGCAGCCGCAUGGGAGAACGGUCGUCGCCCUAAUGAUCGUGGAGCUGCCCCAGGGAUACGUUAGCGCGCUCCCAGGGGAGGAUGUGCAAUGUGAAGCAGCUCCUGCCCCAGGCGUCAGGCAGAACUACCGGCAGUACAAUGCCAAUGCUACUAAAACGGUUAAAGCCAUUUUAGGUCCUCAAAACAUGGCAAUGGAUAAGGUUGCGACACCAUCACCCGCGCCAGGGAUGCGAGGACUGCAGGCGCCGGGGUUGCUGCUACUAGCGCAGGAGGCAGAGGCCGUACAGGUGAUAGAGGUUGCGGACACGGAGCAGGCGGCGAGGAUAGAGAAGGCGGCAGUAGCGGCGCAGCCGGCGGAGGGGGCGAAGGCGGCUGCAGGAGCACCCUACCGAGCUCUGAGCCGCAGUAAUAGUGCCACUGUUGCAUCGUUGGAUGACAGCUCGCAGCGGCAUCGCACGCCCAGCGUUAGCAACCGCUUGGCGGCGGAGGAGGAGAUGGACUGCCACGGUGGCCGUGAUGCUGUUGCCGACAGAGGCGAAGCGGCGGCUGAUGGCGAGCUGCAACUGUCCCAACUUCACAGUGUGACUAAGGAUGCGGCCUCCGGAAGGCAAGAGUGGCUUGCCAACGUCUAUGUGGAGCAGUUAGGUGGCAUAGUUGACCUGGGCAGCUUUGACAACGCGGUGCACGCUGCGGAAGCGUACGACAUUAUGAUGCUGCGGUUCCAGGGGAUCGAGGGCGUCCAAACUAACUUUCCACUCAAGCGCUACGAGAGGCUGCUCCCCUACCUUGGAAAGGUGUGGCUGCAAGACCUCGCCGCCGCAUUGAAGAGCAGGUGCCGGCAGGAUGUACAACCUGGCAGAACCCCAGUCUAUGUGGGCGUCACUCAUUGCUCCGGAGCUUGGCAGGCACGCCUGCAACUUUCCGAGCGCUGCCGCCUUGACUUGGGAGUUUUUUUGAGUAAGCGUGUGGCAGUUGCUGCGUACGAUAAGGCGCUGGUGCGGGUACUUGGUCCUACCGCCGCUACGAACUUCCCCAUCGUUGAGUAUCUGCAAGAGCUUGCAGAAUACCGUACUUACCAGCAGGUAUGCGUGUACGUCUUGUCGUACUCGUCGCUCUUGCUCCAACUGUAUCGUUUCGUCCGGGACAACAUUGUACGAACGGACAGGUGCAAGUAA